AGGAGCAUUUAGUGCGACCUCAGGACUGUUUGAUUUAAGAGCUUUAGGGAUUCUGGCAGAUUGGCUGUUUAAUGACGUUUCUGGGUUCAGCGCCACCUUGCGGCAGGUGAGGAUCUCUCGUUUCAACGCCUAGAGCAUCUCCGUCUCGUCUUUGGUGCUCCUCAUGUUCUGACUCAUCUUCUUCUCCUCCUCGUCCUCGGACUGGAACAGUCCCAGCCGGAAAAACAGGACAGGUCUAUUCCUGCUUUUUUCCCCUCCUUCUUUUUGUCUUUCCUGUUUCUUCCUGCCCUGCUUGGUGCAGCGAGAAGAAGUUGUGGAUCGUUAGUUGGUGUCCGGCUUCUCUUGUCACAGGACUAGCAACUUCUGACAAGGAGCUGCAUGGCUUUGUGACAUCAUGGCCGAGGAGCCGACCACGCCCCCUCCCAUGACCACGCCUCCUCGCAAGGCUUCAGUUCGCCUGCAGGAAAGGCGGGGCUCCUACCUCUCGCUGCUGGUGGAUGUCAGCAGCCUGGGGGCGGAGCCUGUGUGCGCAGUCACCACCCCCAAGGAGGUGUGGCUUCAGCUGCUCCACACGUCCUCCCGACCGCUCACGCACCAGCUCCUGCAGCAGGCGGCUGCCGACGCACACGCCCUCCAUGCCGAGUACCAGGGCAUCCCUCCAAACUUUGUCAGCACGUCAGAUCUGGACGUUCCUGGACACGCCAUCAAGGACAGAUACCGAAGCAUCCUGCCCAACCCUGAGAGCCGCGUCAUCUUGACCUGCACAGAGGAAGACGGGGGGCCAGACCGCUACAUCAACGCCAACUACAUCCGGGGUUACGGAGGCGCUCCGAGGGCCUACAUCGCCACCCAGGGGCCGAUGGUGCACACGGUGGGGGACUUCUGGGACAUGGUGUGGCAGGAGAGGAGCCGGGUCAUCGUCAUGGUGACGAGGCUGAAGGAGGCCAACGAGAAGUGUGAGCGGUAUUGGCCGCACACCAGCCUCAGGGCGGGGAGGAGGAGGCGCGACGAAGAAGAGGAGGCGGCGCCAAAGGAGGAAGUGACGGAUCAGUUUGGCCGAUUUCGAUUGCGAGUCACAGACACUCAAGACAAAGACGGCUUCACUGUCACUGACAUGGAGAUAGAGCUGUGUCGGGAGCGUCGUCCUGUCAGACACUACUGGUUCACGUCCUGGCCCGACCACCACGUCCCACAAUGCACCGCUCCUCUGCUGCGCCUGGUGGAGGAGGUGGAGUCCCACAGCGAGGCCCUCAGCGCCGCCGUCCUCCCCCAGCUCGGACCCAUCAUCGUCCACUGCAGCGCCGGCGUCGGGAGGACGGGCUGUUUCAUCGCCAGCAGCAUCGGCUGCCGGCAGCUGCGCCAAACGGGUCAGGUGGACGUUCUGGAGACGGUGUGUCGGCUCCGGCUGGACAGGGGGGGCAUGAUCCAAACCCCGGAGCAGUACCAGUUCCUCUACACUGCCCUGGCUCGGUUCAGCUCCCAGCUACAACAGCAGCAGGAACAAGACGCCACGCAGGAGCACCUGGAACAUCAGGUGAGUGAAGGCCUUCAAAACCUCCAGCUGGACGCCCAGAGUGACGGGCGGACAGAACUCGUGAAGAACCUCAGGCCAGUAGAAGCCCACACAGACCAGACACUGACAGCCUCAUGAAUCUCAAGGAGUAGUCUUCACUGGGCCUUCAACCCAGAAAACUUGUCGAAAAAAAGUGUCAAACUCUGCUUGGUUUUACUGUUUAGUCCAGACUUUCCACUGAGGGCCACACACUGACUAAUCAAAGCAUGCGGGGGCCAUUUUUUUUAACCCUCAGAGCUCCCCUCAAGUUUGGUCCCGGGUCUCCGUCAUAAAAAUGUUUAAAACUUUUCAUUUUUAUGGAUUAAUUUUGGUUUAUUUAAAGGAGCCAUAUGUAAUAAUGUGGCCAGAAAUGGUACUGCAAUUACGGUCCAAAUUCUGUAGGUUGCCAGAUACGCAGCCGAAUCCAGCUCGCUAUAAUCAACUCAUUUUACACAGAAAUUAGGCUAUUUUGAGGAAGAAGUAUGUCGUGCCUGUGUACAAUAUCACAACAAUCAUAUGGUUAUUGUCAGUACUAUCAGAAAACAAAGACUACAACCAACGCUAGCAAUGGUUAUACUGGUUAAAAUAUGUAGAGCAUGCGUGGGGGAAUUUUGAUAUUUUUCAAGAUUUUUUUUUACCCUUAGGGCUCCCCUCAAGUUUGGCCGUCAUAAAAAAAAAUUAAAAAAUUUUUUUUGUUUUUAUUGAUUUUUGUUUGGUUUAUUUAAAGGAGCCAUAUGUAAUAAUGUGGCCAGAAAUGGUACUGCAAUUACGGUCCAAAUUCUGUAGGUUGCCAGAUACACAGCCGAAUCCAGCUUGCUAUAAUCAACACAUUUUACACAGAAAUGAGGCUAUUUUCCGUACAUCAUGCCUGUGUACAAUAUCACAACAUCAUACGGUUAUUGUCAGUACUAUCAGAAAACAAAGACUACAACCAACGCUAGCAAUGGUUAUACUGGUGAAAAUAAGUAGAGCAUGGGUGGGGGCAUUUUGAUAUUUUUCAAGAUUUUUUUUUACCCUUACGGCUCCCCUCAAGUUUGGUCCUGGGUCUCCGUCAUAAAAAAAAAAAAAUUAAAAAAAAGUUUUUUGUUUUUAUUGAUUUUUUUUGGGUUUAUUUAAAGGAGCCAUAUGUAAUAAUGUGACCAGAAAUGGUACUGCAAUUACGGUCCAAAUUCUGUAGGUUGCCAGAUACGCAGCCGAAUCCAGCUCGCUAUAAUCAACACCCUCUCCGUCAUAAAAAUGUUUAAAAAAUGUAUUUUUGUUUUUAUUGAUUUUUUUUUGGUUUAUUUAAAGGAGCCAUAUGUAAUAAUGUGGCCAGAAAUGGUACUGCAAUUAUGGUCCAAAUUCUGUAGGUUGCCAGAUACACAGCCGAAUCCAGCUCGCUAUAAUCAACACAUUUUACACAGAAAUUAGGCUAUUUUCAGGAAGAAGUAGGUCACGCCUGUGUACAAUAUCACAACAAUCAUAUGGUUAUUGUCAGUACUAUCAGAAAACAAAGACUACAACCAACGCUAGCAAUGGUUAUACUGGUGAAAAUAAGUAGAGCAUGCGUGGGGGCAUUGUGAUAUUUUUCAAGAUUUUUUUUUACCCUUAGGGCUCCCCUCAAGUUUGGCCGUCAUAAAAAAAAAUAUAAAAAAAUUUUUUGUUUUUAUUGAUUUUUGUUUGGUUUAUUUAAAGGAGCCAUAUGUAAUAAUGUGGCCAGAAAUGGUACUGCAAUUACGGUCCAAAUUCUGUAGGUUGCCAGAUACGCAGCCGAAUCCAGCUCGCUAUAAUCAGCACAUUUUACACAGAAAUGAGGCUAUUUUCAGGAAGAAGUAUGUCGUGCCUGUGUACAAUAUCACAACAAUCAUAUAUAUGGUUAUUGUCAGUACUAUCAGAAAACAAAGACUACAACCAACGCUAGCAAUGGUUAUAUUGGUGAAAAUAAGUAGAGCAUGCGUGGGGGAAUUUUGAUAUUUUUCAAGAUUUUUUUUUACCCUUACGGCUCCCCUCAAGUUUGGUCCCGGGUCUCCGUCAUAAAAAUUAAAAAAAAAAGAAAAAGUUUUUUGUUUUUAUUGAUUUUUUUGGGUUUAUUUGAAGGAGCCAUAUGUAAUAAUGUGACCAGAAAUGGUACUGCCAUUACAGUCCAAAUUCUGUAGGUUGCCAGAUACGCAGCCGAAUCCAGCUCGCUAUCAUCAACACCCUCUCCGUCAUAAAAAUGUUUAAAAAAUGUAUUUUUGUUUUUAUUGAUUUUUUUUUGGUUUAUUUAAAGGAGCCAUAUGUAAUAAUGUGGCCAGAAAUGGUACUGCAAUUACGGUCCAAAUUCUGUAGGUUGCCAGAUACACAGCCGAAUCCAGCUCGCUAUAAUCAACACAUUUUACACAGAAAUUAGGCUAUUUUGAGGAAGAAGUAGGUCACGCCUGUGUACAAUAUCACAACAAUCAUAUGGUUAUUGUCAGUACUAUCAGAAAACAAAGACUACAACCAACGCUAGCAAUGGUUAUACUGGUGAAAAUAAGUAGAGCAUGCGUGGGGGCAUUGUGAUAUUUUUCAAGAUUUUUUUUUACCCUUAGGGCUCCCCUCAAGUUUGGCCGUCAUAAAAAAAGAUAAAAAAAAGUUUUUUGUUUUUAUUGAUUUUUGUUUGGUUUAUUUAAAGGAGCCAUAUGUAAUAAUGUGGCCAGAAAUGGUACUGCAAUUACGGUCCAAAUUCUGUAGGUUGCCAGAUACACAGCCGAAUCCAGCUUGCUAUAAUCAACACAUUUUACACAGAAAUGAGGCUAUUUUCCGUACAUCAUGCCUGUGUACAAUAUCACAACAUCAUAUGUAUGGUUAUUGUCAGUACUAUCAGAAAACAAAGACUACAACCAACGCUAGCAAUGGUUAUACUGGUGAAAAUAAGUAGAGCAUGCGUGGGGGCAUUUUGAUAUUUUUCAAGAUUUUUUUUUACCCUUACGGCUCCCCUCAAGUUUGGUCCCGGGUCUCCGUCAUGAAAAAAAAAUAUUAAAAAAAAGUUUUUUGUUUUUAUUGAUUUUUUUUGGGUUUAUUUAAAGGAGCCAUAUGUAAUAAUGUGACCAGAAAUGGUACUGCAAUUACGGUCCAAAUUCUGUAGGUUGCCAGAUACGCAGCCGAAUCCAGCUCGCUAUAAUCAACACCCUC